AUGAUAGACAUUAAUAAAACUACCCUGAAUUCAAGUCGUCUUGCAGGAAGUCGGGAAGGUUCUGGAGAUCGAGGGAUGCGUGGGACGUUUGCAUUUGGCUCGUCAACACCACGGAUUUUGUCCCAUUUAAGUAGCACAACAAUAGAGUAUUAUAAUGAAAGAAUUAACCCACAAGUUGGACGACGAUCCUACACGACACCAACCUUUCCAACACCGCGCUCCAAAACAGUAGGCGCAUCAAUGAAUGUUCAGAUGAAGCGAACCGAUGGAAUCACCCAAAAGACAAGUGAGACAGUAACCAGGAAAGGUACAUGUGGAGUACUGUCCACAAGUUAUGAGUUGAAAGAUGGAAGUGAGAAAUUCAUGGAUUCUGUCAAAAAGAAACUGGAAGCCCAGAAUGAUAAAGCGAAAUCGGCGAAAAAGAUUGUUGAUAAGGAAAAGCAAUUAAAAAGCAAAAAGGCUGAAGGAAAGAAAACUGAAGUAGAAAAGCAAUUUGCCAAAACUGGAUUUUCUGAAGUGACGGAGAAAUUGUCUCCAGCGUCUGCCAGAUUCGGAAACGAAAACGAAAAAGCGCUGCUUGUUAAAAAAUCUAAACCAGAAGCAACACUUGGUGAGAUAAGACAGUUUCUGACUGUUAGUACAGUUGAAGAUGAGAUAAGACUGCUUCCUGCAAGAUCGAUACCCGCGGAGAAAAUUGUACUGGAAGAAGCUGCAGAAAAUGUUAACAAAACAAAGAUGUCAGGAGUAGACAAUCAGAGAGAACGUGGAACUACUCAGAUUCUGCAUGAGGGAUCGGAAAGAAGGGAAAUUGACGUAAGCAUUCAACCAAAAUUAACUGGACAAGAUCACUUGACGGAUACAUUUUCAAUCAUUUCCAAAAAGAAUCACGUCGAAGCGUAUGUUAAAUCAAAUUCCGAACACAAAGAUGUAAGAGGACUUGAACUUUCCAUUAAUUCAGAAUCCGAAAAACGUGAGCCAUCUCCUUCCAUUGGAUUAUACAUCGCUUCUCCCAUUUCUAUGACCAUUGAUCCUGGUACUUCUCCCACAAAGCUAUCAUCAUCAUUAGCCCGUGAAUGCAAACUGAAGGAUGAGUAUUAUCUAAAAAGUUCAGAAGACAAAGUUAUAGGUGGAGAAACAAUACCAGAAACUUCAGUCGAUUCAAGAUCAGAGCAAGACAGGUUGCCAAAAAUAACAGAAUCGAUUCCUGGAAGUACAUAUCAGCUACAAGGAAAUGGUCGUAUAGCAUUCGACACGCAACCUCAGGGUUCGAAAGCCGAUCACAAGAUAAUUUUAUAA